GAUACCUUCGAAUUUUCUUUGGUUUAUACUGAAUUCGUCUGACAACUUAAAAAAAAAAAUCUGCUCUCUUACAAAAUUCAUUACAAUAUUUGAUUUUUGAAUCGCAGAUGUUGUUUUUUGGGAUUCUGAGUUUUUAUUUCAGAUCCUUCUGAUCUUAAAUUCCUAAAUCAAAUGAUAAGCCAACGCUAAGCUUCGCCGGCUGUAAAAGAAAUUCAUGGUUACUGGGUUUUGUCAAAAGAGUAUGUACACCACCCAUGUCAUUUGGGGAAGAAGACGACGCCAAAAAAUGAAACUUGUUUGCAAAAUAUCAAGUGGGCUCUCAUUUAUCUGGAAUCGUAUCAGAGAGGUGGUUUUAUUAAGUUAAGUAAUUGUCUUCUUCUGUUUUGUUUGCAGUUCCAAAAAUGGAAAAUCGUAUAUGAGUGUCAAAUAAUAUGUUGUUCGACCUGGAUCCUUCAGUUAAUUAUGAUAUAUUGCGAAGUUCAAUGCAUGAAAUUAAUGUGAUUCUCUUUUCUUAGUAUGUUAGUAAUGGAAAUGUGCGUUAAUUAUAAUGAUAAGAAAAAAGAGACAAAACUUUGAUAAUGGGUGAGCGAACUGAAUGAGGAAAAACAAAUUGUGAAAUGUUUUGUGAUGGAAUCAAUGAGGAUAUAUUGUUAUAGGCCAUUUGUAAAAACAAACAUGCAAGAGUUAAAUUUUUCUUUGUUAUCCCUGCUUAAUGUUUUUUUUUUUUAAAUGAUAAGGAGACUUUUAAGCACUAAUUUCUAAAACUUUCAACAAUUUCUUCCUCUUCUCUCUUUUUUCUUCCUCCUUGAGAAAGCAGUAACUAUCAUUAAUCAUGCCAUUCUCUCACUUGGACUUACAAGACCCACCUAGUUCCACCCACUCCAACAUUCAAUGCUUUCUUGAAUAUAUAACUCCCACUCUUACAAUCCAUCUCCAGCAAAAGCCCUUAGUCAAAGAUGAAGCUGAUUGCUUCUACUUAAGUGAUCUCUGGAAUUUAUAUGUUGAAUGGAGCAGUUAUGGUGCAAGAGUCCCUAUUAAGUUGAACAGUUAUGAGAGUGUGGUACAAUAUUAUUCUCCUUCCUUAUCAGCCCUUCAGUUAUAUACUAGUGCUGCCAGACCCUCCAUUCCUUUGAUCAGGAAUGGAGAUGCCAAUCCAAAUUUUAAUGAUUCAAUCAAUAAAAAAUUCUAUGGAGCACCAGAAACUGAAGAUCAACUUGGUUUUUUGUACUGCCAAUACAACGAGAUAACAAGUCCUUAUAACAGACUACCGUUCAUAGAAAAGAUCAAUGAAUUAGCUCAAAGCUACCCAGGAUUGUUAAAAUUAAAAAGCACAGAUAUCUCUCCUUAUAGUUGGAUGGCCGUUGCUUGGUAUCCCAUCUAUCAGAUUCCAACAAUGACAAAUGUAAGGGAACUAUCUGCAUGUUUCAUAACUUAUCAUAGAUUGUCUCCACCUUUUGAAGGUCUCCCAAAUUCCAUCAAAGACGAGGAUGAGAAACUGAAAUCCAUGAUUUCUUGGGAAAAAAAAUCUGCUGCUAAGUCCAAAGGAAAUGGGAGAGGUGAGAUAUCGUUUCCUCCUUUUGCAAUGGCAACUUACAAGUUGUUUGGGAGACUUUGGAUAAAUCCUGAAAUUUCAGAUAAGGAGCGAAUAGCUGGUUAUCUGAGCGCUGCAUCAACCUGGUUGAAGAAACUUGAAUUUCAGCACAAUGACUUCAACUUCUUCAUGGCUCGAAGGUUCUGAUAUGCAAUCAAUCCCAUAUCUUUCAGCAUUUUGUUUGAUUCGGGUAACACCAACUAAAAACUUAAGUUGUGGCAGUUUGCACAAACAGCUAGACUAAUAUUUGAGGGUGUAACCUAUAGAUGACAACAAUCCCAUAAUAUUUCUGGAUUCUUUCUAAGUUUAUAACCUAUAGAUGACAAAAAUCCCGUAAUAUUUCCGGGUUCUUUCUAUGUUUAUAACCUAUAGACGACAACAAUCCCAUAAUAUUUCCGGAUUCUAAGUUUACUGGUAUGCAUAUAUUAUGCUGUGGCAAGCUACUGCUUUCAUGCAUGAAGAUCAUCUAUUUAACCAUCAUUUACAGGCC